AUGCCCCUCCACUGCGCAUCGCUGCCCCAGCACAGUUUCUCGGACUCGGCGUGUUUAUCCCUCCCUCCCCUCCCCGAUCCACCCGGCACCAUGCUCGCUGCUCAUCUCGCAUCCUUCAUCUUGGCUGCCGUCACCUUCUCCGGUGCAGACGCGCUCCACAUCCGGCGCGACUCUGCGCCCAUGUCGCUGCCGUUCGUCCGGCGGGUGAACGUGACGGGCGUGCCGAGCAUCAUCCAGCAUGACCAGGCGCGCGCGAAGGUCCUCAAGGCGAACCGGGCGGAGAUGCGCGGGUUUCAAGUGGUGUUCGUCGGGGAAGCUGACAGUGCGUCUGCUCCUGAUAAGGUCACCAUCGGUUCGCAGACCUUCGCAUUGCUCAUUGACACGGGAAGCUCCAACACUUGGGUUGGUGCGCAGUCCAACAACUCCCUCCAAGGUGCUAAGUCCGCCGGAGACCUUGUGUCUGUUUCAUACGGCUCUGGCUUCUUCACCGGCGCGGAGGUCUUCGCCACGGUGAAGUUUCCUAACGGCCUCACCAUAGCGAAUCAGUCCCUCGGUUCUGCGUUCGUGACUCAAGGCAUCACCGGGGUCGACGGAAUCCUUGGCAUCGGUCCCGUAGAUCUGACGUGCGGCACGCUCCGGUUCAACAAGAGCGCGUGCAUCCCCACAGUGACCGACAACGCAUUCUCUCAGGGACUCAUCUCCGCCCACGCGGUCGGCAUCUCCUUCCAGCCCACCACGACGACUGGGAACACCAACGGCGAGCUCACGUUCGGUGGGGUCGACACAAGUAAGUUCACCGGUGCGCUCAACUACGUGCCCAUCACAUCAACGUCUCCUUCCACCCAAUACGUGGGCAUCGAUCAGUCGAUCACGUACGGGACCGCCGACGGAACCACUGUGCUCCCGGCGACGAGUGGGAUCACCGACACUGGGACGACGCUGCUGCUCCUUGCCACUGACGCGUACAAGACGUACAUGAACCUCACCGGCGCGGUGCCGGACAGCUCGACGGGCCUGCUUUCGCUCACACCGGCCCAGUUCGGGAACCUCCAGAGCCUCUUCUUCCACAUCGGCGACACGCUGAUAGGUCGCGCGUCGUCCGCCCAGCUCAAUGCCGCAAUCAACGGCACGAGCAGCCUCGUGUACCUCGUCGUGGCCGAUAUGGGGAGCUCGAGCGGUGACGGCCUCGACUUCAUCGACGGCCAGACGUUCCUGGAGCGCUUCUACCACGUCUACGACAUCGCGAACAGCAGAGUCGGGUUCGCGACCACGCCGUUCACGUACGCGACCACGAACUGA